AUGGCAGAGUCUCCAGUGGUUCUAUCUCGCUAUGAUGCGAAUGGUCAAUUCUUGGCUUGUGUAACUGUUGCUUUGGACAAACAUCGGGUAUCUGUAGAGCCCACAAAUGCUACAAAGUCCAGUGGGUUAAUGAAUGAGAAUUUUUUGUACCUGGAGGACUCCAAACUGCGUGUGACAUGUCUGGAAUGGAUCAACAUUUCGUCUAAUGACUCCCAAAUUGUCGCCUUGGGGCUGAGUUCCGGUGAGAUUUGGCUGUAUGCACCUGCGGCUAACCAGAUCGUUUAUAAACUUUCUACAGGCGGCGUUCAUGCCGUUCGCGAUUUCAAAUGCCAAGGCGAAGUAGCGUGGUGCUGUGAUCAGAGUGACACUGUAUACCGCUUCAACAUGGCCGAUUUUACUCUUCACAGUAAGUUCAAGAUCGAAGGCUGCGAGAACUUACAGAAACUAUGUGUAGUUGAUGCGAAUCACAUUUUGUUAGCGUCUCAUUCUGUUUCAUUGAUAAGCAUAAAGACUCGUGAAGUAGUGAAGACCUUCCCUGGCCACAUUUCUGCUGUGACUAAUUUAGUCAUGCUAAACGCUGCCAGUUUUCUGACCAGUGCAACUAGCGACAGAUUUUUGAAUAUUUACGAUUUGACUACUGGAGGCACCAAGUCGGUGCUAGUAUCACAAGCCGACGUUUUACAAGUCUCACAUAACGAGGACUCGGUCGUGGCUGUCGUUACGGAGGACGGUAGCAUCGAGAUUUUCCCUGAUCCACUGGUAAAUACCAGCAACAAGAGACGGAAAGUGGUCUCCAAGCAAUCGGCACACCACUUAAAAAUUGUAAGACCAGAAAAUGAAAAGCGCGUCGCAGCGAUCAAUGUUUUCGUGAAGGCCGAUACUCUCAAUUACGCGUGGUUGGAAAAUGCUACAAUUCCAUAUUUCGAUCAACUCCAAUGGUCUCAAUUAUCCGCCAGUCAAACGAUACAAAAAGCUCGUCCAGCUGCAACUUCAAAACAUGCACACCGCUCCCUCCACGGAGAAGAUGUAGCGGCUGCCAGAUCUUAUGUUGAAGGCAAUGCUACUGUAACAUCUGGUGACAAUUUCAAGCAUGUGGAAGAAGCGAUUGCAGAAUUGGAGAGAAGCGGCGCGGACUUAAAUGUUUCACUUGCUGACAGGUUGGCGUCAUCGUCGAUUGGAGGAGACCAUUCGGAGUCGAAAAGAUCCAAAAAACGUGCCACAACUGGUACGCUUACGGUGGUACUAUCUCAAGCUUUGCAAUCCCACGAUCAUUCUUUGCUAGAGACAGUGCUGAAUAACCGUGAUGAGAAAGUUAUCAAAGGCACUAUAGGACGUUUGCAACCUCCGCUCGCCGUACUUCUACUGGAGAGACUUGCAGAACGCAUUGCCAGACAAACCAACAGACAAGGACCAUUGAAUGUGUGGGUAAAAUGGUGUUUGAUCAUUCACGGUGGAUAUUUAGCUCGCAUGCCAAACUUGAUGUCAAGUUUGGCGUCGUUACACUCGACUCUCCGCAAGCGGGCCGAGAUUCUACCUCGUCUACAAGCUCUAGAGACUCGUCUUGAAUUUUCCUUGAACCAACUCGACGCGUAUCGCGCCGCAAAUGCCAUUUCCAGUGAAGAAACAUAUCUGAGGGAUGGACCCAGGAAUUUUGGGGACGAGGACGAUGAAGAAGAGGUAGAAUACAACGAAGAACUAGACGACGCGGGACUUAUCGAAGAUGGAGAACUUGAUUACGACGAUAGCGAUGAAAAUUCAGACGACAGCGACGACGAUAACAACGAAUAUCAGAACGGCCAUGGGUCAAAAGUUAAAUCUAAGCUUGACUCGGAAGAGCACGAUUUCCAUGACGACACAGAAAUGAACCCAGACGUCGAGGAAGGGUACAGUGAUGUCGAAGUCGAGUGA